AUGGAGCCGGGACCGGGGCUUGAACCUGAACCGGGGCCGGAACCGGGGCUGGGGCUGGGGCCGGAACCGGGACCAGGACCGGGGCUCGAACCCGAACCGGGAUCCAAACCGGGGCCGGGACCGGAGCUCGAACCCGAACCAGGACCGGGCCCGGAGCCGGUGGCCGCGCCCCCCCCGUGCCGCUGGUUCCUGGAGGGCCGCUGCCGCUUCGGUCCCCGCUGCCGCCACCCCCACCCGGGCCAGGCCCCGGUACCGGCACCCGAACCGAAACCCGAGCCGGAACCGGAGCAGGAAGCGGGGAAGAAGCCUCCCCUCCGCUCGGCCGGCGCCGUCCUCAACCGGCUCCGGUGGGACCCGGAGCUGGACCCGGCCUUGGCCACCGUGGGCUACCGGGACCGCUUCGUGGGGGUCGUGGAGCGGCCCCUGCUCGACUUCUUCCCGGGGCCGCUGGCGGACGCCGGGCCCGGGGACUUGGCGGUCCCGGAGCACCGCAUCCUGCACGUCUCCUACCGGGGCCGCCGCGUCUGGGACCGGCAGCGCCGCCUCGAU